AAAUGUAUGAAUGAUUGUUCAUCUUGCAGUGAACGGCAAAGAGAUGCAGGAACGGAAGGAGAUCGAAUGAAGGAGGGAAUCGUCAUUAAUCAGUCAUUAUCAACACUUGGAAGGGUGAUCAAAGCUUUGCAUGAGCAACAAGGCAGCAAAGGGAAGAAAGUGCAGGUGAAAUUACUUAAUUUUUCAAAAAAAAUACUAAUAGCUGCAAUAUCACCAGCUGAUAUAAAUUACGAUGAAACACUGUCAACGCUCAGGUAUAAAUUCAAUUUUUUACCUGUAAGUGAGCUAAAGAAGAGCAAAAAUAAUUUUUCUCUCCUCAGAUUCGCUGAUCGUGCCAAAUCCAUCAAAACAAACGCUGUUGUCAACGAGAAUCAGACGGAACGUGUUAUGAGGGAAUUAAGAGAAGAAAACGAACGAUUACAGAAGCAGUUGAAGGCUGGAGGAGGCGCUGGCGGCGGUGGUGACAGUGAAGAAAUCGAAUCAUUACGACGUCAGCUGGAACAAAAUCAAAAAGAGAUGGCGGAGCUGGAAAAAACUUGGCAAGAGAAAGUGGCCGAGGAGGCUGCAAAGCAUAAUGCCUCAGCUGAGCGCUUAGCUAUCAUGAAGCAAAAACAAGAAACUCCUCAUUUAUGGAAUCUAAACGAGGAUCCAGCGCUCACAGACGUCAUCGUUCACUUUCUACCACCGGGAGAAGUGACUAUAGGUAAAGAGUUUUGGUGGAAACCCUUGUUGUUGAAACCCUCUCGGAAACAAAACUGCAGAACCUGCACCAAUGGUACAGCUGAAUGGUCUAUCCAUUUUACCACAGCAUGCGAUUGUGCAGAAUACAAAGAAUAA